AUGCCUGACCCCAAACAUCCUCCGACCUCUUCUAACCAUGCGGGGAAUGUCUCCUUGCCCGCGGGGAAACCAGACCGAGCUCAAUUGCUCGCGGCCCUGGCAGCAACCGACGUGACUAUUCGCCGGGUAGACCAACUUCUCUCCACAGCCGACGGCCAAGAAAAGGUCCUAGCGACGAUCAACUAUGUCUCCUCCAUCCUACAUCACCUCUCCGCCUCCGCGCCGCGGAUCGUGCAGCAGACCUGGCCAAGUCUCCUCGCGCGCCUCAGCGGGCGCCAAUUAUCCUUGCCCCAACCACCCAAGUCCGCCGCGUCCACGUCCAAAUCCAAGUUCGCCGCGCUAUCCUCCAUCGCCUCGGAGACGCGUUACAACCUCCGCCUCUUCGGGCUCCUCCCGCUCUGGGUCUGGGGCUCCGAUACUUUGAAAUCACCACCCGCAGACCCCAUCCUGCACGCCCUGGCACACCUCCAAGUCGUCUCCAACGUCAUCUACCAGCUCCUCGAGAACGUGGCCUACCUCGCUGAGAAGGGGGUGGUCUCGCGCCGCUGGGUCGAUAGACAUGGCGGAGUCGAUAAGUGGUAUAUAUGGAGUACGCGCGGCUGGUUCGGGCAUAUUUUCUUUCAGUUCUUUGUGCUCUGGCGCGAGAGCGUCCUGCGCCGGAGACGGGUUGCUGCGCAGCGUGCCGCUGCUACGGCUACUGCCGGAAGCGAGAAGAGUACCAAGGCGGAGGACGGCGAGGCGCUGAGGCUUGAGAUUCGGGCGUGGCGCAAGAGUCUCGUUAACAAUGCCAUCUGGGCACCUCUGUGUAUCCACUGGUGUCUGGAGAAGGGGAUCGGGAUUCCAGAGCACUUGACCGGGCUGAUCAGUUUCUUCGCUGGUGUCUGGGGGCUGCGGGACACCUGGGCGGCAACGGCCAAAGAAUAG